UAUUUAAAUUUCGUUCAGUUUACACCGGAUGUUGACAACUCACUGCGACAACAACAACAAGCAUGGCGAAAUACCGUGUGCUGUCAAAAGAAGUUUUGGAUGGUUUUGAUAAAUACAAAUACAGUGCUGUGGAUACAAACCCUUUGUCCAACUAUGUGAUGCACCCAUUCUGGAACAAUGUUGUUAAGAUUGUACCAUUAUGGAUCGCACCAAAUGUGUUGACACUGGCUGGCUUCCUUCUUAUGGUUCUCAACUUUAUUACGAUGAUAUACUAUGACCUUGACUUCUAUGCUUCAAGUCGAGACCAUCCAGAGUUCCCUCCCAUACCUAACUGGGUGUGGCUAAUGUGCGCUAUAAAUAACUUCCUGUCUCAUACUUUGGAUGGCAUUGAUGGAAAGCAGGCAAGACGUACAGGAACAAGCUCUCCACUGGGUGAAAUGUUUGACCAUGGGCUCGACAGCUGGGCUUCUUUCUUUAUUCCGGUGGCUAUGUACUCUAUUUAUGGGAGGGGCGAACAUGGGGUGGAAGUGUUUAGAGUGUACUUGGUUCUUCUUGGAGUGAAUUUUUGUUUUAUAGCAUCACACUGGGAAAAAUACAACACAGGAAUACUGUUCCUACCAUGGGGAUACGACAUAAGUCAGGUGGCAAUGUCUAGUGUUUAUUUACUAACAUUUUUCACUGGGUAUGAAUUCUGGAAGUUUACGUUGUUUGGCAUGUCCGGUUCAGAGUAUUUUGAAAUUAUUAUGUAUAUUGGUUUUGCGUUUUCCAUUCCUAUAACAGUCUGGAAUAUUUAUAUAGGAUACAGAGACAAGACUGGAAAGAUGCUGAGUUUUUCCGAGUCCUGUCGUCCGCUAGUAUCUACUAUAUUACUGUUUGUCCUAAUGAUAACAUGGGCAAAGUUCUCAUCCUAUGAAAUUAUACAAAGGCAUCCUAGAAUAUUUUACUGCACUACUGGAACAGUAUUCUCAAAUAUAGCUUGUCGACUAAUUAUAGCCCAGAUGAGCAACACAAGAUGUGAGCUAGUCAACUGGUUGUUAGUUCCAUUGUUUUCCAUUGUUAUGACUGUGUGUUUUCUAAGUCUUGGGGUACUUGAAUUCUACAUUCUCACAGCAUACUGUAUCUUUGUUACAGUUUCUCACAUUCACUUUGGAGUCUGUGUUGUAAGGGAGUUAUGCACUUUCCUUAAUGUAAAUGCUUUUACGAUACCUACUAAUAUCUUGGCUGAGGGAAAUACAGAACCAGAAUGUUCAGUUGUUGGAUUAGGGUAAUGUAAAUGAGAUGUGUGAACAUUUUGAGAUAAAACCUUUUACAAUCACCAAAAAGGCCAAGAAUUGAGACCACCGACCAGCUUAAAGACUUUUAAAGCAGUUUUCCCAUACAUCCGGAUCAGCGGGGACCAAAGAGUUAUUUUAUGAAAUAGAUACUUUUCUGAAUUUUGUUGAAUGUACACUGAUUUACCACUAAGAUUUUUUACUCAAACCACUGCAUAAUUUUAGUAAAACAUAGAUAUUAGAGAGACUGAGAAUUAGAGAGAGAUAUUAGAGAGACUGAGAAAUUAGAGAAGCUGGGAAUUAAAUAGAGAUAUUAGAGGGACUGAGAAAUAGAGGUAUAUAAGAGAGGCUGAGAAUUAGAGAGAGAUAUAAGAGAGACUGAGAAUUAGAGAGACUGAGAUAUUAGAGAGAUUGAGAUUGAUGUUGAUACUUGUUAGAUUUCAUUCUUUAGUUCAAAAAGUUCAGUAAAUGUAAGAAUUUAGAACAUUGCAGUUUUUGUGCAGUCUAGUCAUAUAUGUUUCAGAUGAACUUGUAAAGCCACAGUUGGUUUAAACAUAUUUUAUUUUAAACCAACUGAGCCUUUACAAGUUCAUCUGAAACAUAUAUGACUAAAUUGCAUGAAAACUGCAAUGUUCUGAAUUCUUACAUCUUCUAAAGCCUCAGUACAAAGUUAUAAUGAUACGAUCUUUUACUCAAUUAAUUGUUAUGAUAUUUUGAUCGGUGUAAGCUGUUGUUUAUAACAACAUUGUAUUUGUACAUGUAGAAAAAAGAUCUCUGUAAGGUUUUCAUGUGUUCCUUAUAUCGGAGAUUUCGAUAUAUGUGAUAUCACAGUUUAUAAAUAUUACUGUACACAUUUUUAAGUUUGAGGCACUGUCUUAAAAAUGUUAAUUUUUAUGUGUGACAAAUCUUUACUCAGUUGUUAUAAACUUGAAUUUUGAAACCAGACCUGUAAUACACUUUUGCCAUUGGUCAAUUUCAAGAAUGAUGUCACAAUGGACCAAUCAGAUGCUGUAGAUUUCAGACUGGUCUUCAAACUUAGCUUUAUGUCAUUGCACCCUGAAUUCAUUUACUGCGUCAUACGAAAAGCUUGUGUCACAAAAUACAAUGUUUAACAGAGGAGAAGGUUUAAUUUUGCCCCAAAAUGACUUCAAAACAGAUUUUUAGCUCAUCUGAUUUUUUGAAAAAAAAUGAUGAGUUAUUGUCAUCACUUGAGCGGUUGUCGGCGUCGGCGUCGGCGUCUGCGUCGGCGUUGCCUGGUUAAGUUUUAUGUUUAGGUCAGCUUUUCUCCUAAACUAUCAAAGCUAUUGCUUUGAAACUUGGAAUACUUGUUCGCCAUCAUAAGCUGACCCUGUAUAGCAAGAAACAUAACUCCAUCUUGCUUUUUGCAAGAUUUAUGGCCCCUUUUGUACUUAGAAAAUAUCAGAUUUCUUGGUUAAGUUUUAUGUUUAGGUCAACUUUUCUCCUAAACUAUCAAAGCUUUUGCUUUGAAACAUGGAAUACUUGUUCACCAUCAUAAGCAGACCCUGUAAAUCAAGAAACAUAACUCCAUCUUGCUUUUUGCAAGAAUUAUUGCCCCUUUUGGACUUAGAAAAUCAGUUUUCUUGGUUAAGUUUAUAGUUUAGGUCAGCUUUUAUCCUAAACUAUCAAAGCUAUUCCUUUAAAACUUGCAACACUUGUUCACCAUCAUAAGCUGACCCUGUACAGCAAGAAACAUAACUCCAUCCUGCUUUUUGCAAGAUUUAUGGCCCCUUUUGGACUUAGAAAAUAUCAGAUUUCUUGGUUAAGUUUUAUGUUUAGGUCAACUUUUUCUCUUAAACUAUCAAAGCUAUUGCUUUAAAACUUGCAACUCUUGUUCACCAUCAUAAGCUGACCCUGUACAGCAAGCAACAUAACUCCAUCCUGCUUUUUGCAAUAAUUAUUGCCCCUUUUGGACUUAGAAAAAUCAUUUUCUUGGUUGAAUAUUAUGUUUAAGUCAACUUUUCUCAUAAACUAUCAAAGCUAUUGCUUUAAAACUUGCAACAGUUUUUCACCAUCAUAAGUGGACACUGUACAUCAAGAAACAUAACUCUAUCCUGCUUUUUGCAAGAGUGAUGGCCCUUUUUAGACUUAGAAAAUCAUGGGUAGGACAAUAUUUCUAUUAUAAAAAAAAAAUC